UCAAACACAUUUCAAUCAACGUAGAUAGACAAAAGUAACACCUGUGUAUAAUUCACUUACCAAACUAAAUAUUGUUUAAAUAUAAAAAAAUGUUAGACCUGUUUAGCAUCUUUAGUAAAGGAGGAAUAGUUCUAUGGUGUUUUCAGAGUACUAGUGAAAUUUUUACACCGCCUGUGAAUGCGUUAAUACGCAGUGUAAUAUUACAAGAGCGCUCAGGUAACAACACAUUCAAUCAUAAUGCUCUAACGCUGCAAUAUAAACUCGAUAAUGAGUUUGAAUUGGUUUUUGUGGUCGCGUAUCAGCGUAUACUUCAACUUUCUUACGUGGAUAAAUUCCUAAACGAUGUCCAUCUGGAAUUUAGAGAUAAGUACAAAAAUGAGCUGCAGGGAUCACGGCAUAUCAUGGAUUUUGACUUCAAAUCAUCAUUCGAUUCUGUGCUAAAAUCCUGUGAAUUAUGGGCUAAGUCACAAGCUAAAAUUCCAAAACAAAUGAGAUCUUUUGAAGAUUCUCAAAAAUCUAAAAAAACUGUUGCUUCUAUGAUUGAACGCAAGGGAGAAGAAAAGAGUAAAAAAUCAGUGAAAAUUGUAGAAUCCAAGAGCCUAACUAAUGGGAAAAUAGAAGAAUCACCUGAGACAGAUGAUGAUGUGAUAGCAGCAAACAGAGCGAAGCUUGCUCAAAAACUAGCCUCCAAAGGGAAAAAGGAUGUUAAAAAAUCUCCUAAGACAACGAAAAGUCCAAAACCAGAGGAGCGUGUGAAGCAACCACGCGUGUGGGCGCUAGGCGGCGAUUCGCGCGAUCUGCCCUCACUUGAUUUCAGCACUGAUAAACCUGAGGAUGCCAAUGAUACAAUCAAUCCUGACACACAGCUCGUGGGACGAAUGACAGGUGCUAUCCGCGAUCUAGAGGUAGAAUCUGAAGAGAGUAGCAGUGAAGAUGAGGAGCAAACCUCUCAACCCAGCCCCAAGAAGUCUGGUGGCAUGUUCAGCAUAUUCAAAGGUCUGGUGGGAUCGAAAGCCCUGACGGAGGAGUCGAUGCGACCGGUGCUGGAUAAAAUGCGGGACCAUCUGAUAGCAAAGAAUGUCGCCGCGGAUAUCGCCAACAAACUCUGUGACUCUGUCGCCAUGAAGUUGGAAGGAAAGGUACUGGGAACAUUCGACAGCGUCGCAAAAACAGUGAAGACCACUCUAACUGAGUCAUUGGUGCAGAUUCUAUCCCCCAAGCGUCGCGUGGACAUACUCCGUGAUUGUAUUCAUGCUAAACAGGAAGGCAGGCCCUAUGUCAUGGCAUUUUGUGGGGUGAACGGCGUGGGCAAGUCGACCAACCUGGCCAAGAUCUGCUUCUGGCUGAUCGAGAACGAGAUGUCGGUGCUGAUCGCGGCGUGCGACACGUUCCGCGCCGGCGCUGUAGAACAGCUGCGCACGCACGCACGCCACCUCAACGCGCUGCACCCCGAGACCAGCCACCGCGGCCGCAAGAUGGUGCACUUGUACGAGAAAGGAUAUGGCAAAGACGCUGCAGGUAUAGCCAUGGAAGCGAUUCGUUUCGCAUCCGAUACCAAGAUCGACGUAGUACUUAUUGACACGGCGGGCAGAAUGCAAGACAACGAGCCACUCAUGCGAGCUCUAGCCAAGCUGAUCAAGGUCAACGAACCCGAUCUCGUGUUGUUUGUCGGCGAAGCUCUAGUCGGCAAUGAAGCUGUCGAUCAACUUGUCAAGUUUAAUCAGGCUUUGGCUGACCACAGCUCGUCUGUUAAUCCACACGUGAUCGAUGGAAUCGUUCUGACUAAGUUCGACACGAUCGACGAUAAGGUCGGCGCUGCCAUAUCUAUGACCUACAUAACCGGUCAACCGAUUGUUUUUGUUGGAACUGGUCAAACGUAUACCGACCUAAAAGCGAUUAACGCUAACGCUGUCGUACAUGCAUUGAUGAAGUGAUCGAUUCCUUUAUCACAUUGUCUCAAAUGUGUCAUUGUAAAUGACCUUAUUGGUUACCUUGACCUUUCUCUAAAUUAAAUUCUUAAUAUUUCACUCAAAAAAGUUACUUCUGUCUUUAUCUUCUGUUUUCCAAACUUAUGUGAUAUGAUAAUAGAAAUAUAUGCCUAUAUAAAAUUUAUUUAUAUUUUUAUAUUUUACCAACAAAGUUAGUGAAUUAUUAUGUAGUUAAAAUAUUUGUUUUGGGAUCAUGUUACGGUAUAAUGCAAUAUAAUAAAUGUGAUUCAAGGAAUUAAUAAGAGGGACGAUUUUUGUUGUAUUUUUUUAUAGUAUUUCAGUGGUAAACACAUGAAAUUAAAAAAAAUGGAUAAAUAUAUUGAAGGAAAUGUAAUGGAAAGUGUAUACCAAGUGACAAAAGUCUUAGAUUUUUUACAAAAUACACAGAAGGAGUUUUUACAUACAGGAAUACAGAAGAUGACAGAAAAUUGAUUGUUGAAAAAAUUACGAUUUCUGUAAUGCUGAAAUAAUAAGCGGGGAAGCAUUUUUUAUAAUAUUAAUAUACAUUAUUUAUAUACUACUCUGUGCUGGUUCCAAUUUAUUAAAUAUAGACAAGGCAGUAAUGAGUAUCACUUUGAAUUACAGAGGCUUGAUCCUUGUUAUACUCUUCCUUUUACACAUAGUUUUAUGUAAUUAAUUGGAAUAUAUUGGUUAUUUAAUAUAUUUGGUUGAAAAAAUCUGGCAUUGUGGAUUCUCUAUAUUUUUUGCUUCAUGUGAUAAAUUUCCAUUCCAGCGAUCCAUAACUGUAGUAUGUGCAUUAUUUCAAAUAAAUUUUUAUUUUAAUCUCAUUUUAUUUUCUUUCGGGUAUUACUGUUACAGGGAUUUUAAUUACAUUUAUUUUCGUAUUAUUUUUUAAAGUUGAAAUAACAAUAAUGUACCUAAUAGUUUUAACCGCAUGUUAGUUGUAAUGGAAACCAUUUGCUAUACACAAUAUAUAAAAAUAUACAGUAAUCUACAUACAAAAUCAAUUUUGAUUGUAAUUCAUAUUUCUUUUAUGUAUUAUUUACACAUAUAUAAGUGUCUAUGAUUGGCAGUUGAACGUCAGAAUCGUGAGAUAAUUUGGCUAUACAAGAAGACAGUAAAUAUAAUUAUGGUUUUAACAUGCUCAAUUCGUGCCUUUUCCUGUUCAAAAUGAUUGACAGGAUUUACUUUUUCAACAUUCAAAAUAUAAUAACGUAGUUGCGGUCAAAUCGCUGCCUUGUUUUUACUAAAUACAAAAUCUUUAUUCAUUCCUUACAUAGUUUUUACAUAGAAAACUUCAGUUAUUAGAAUGACUGUAUUUUUUUUAUGUUGAUGUUGACACCUCUAUCAGUAAAGAAAUAAAUAUCCAUAAACUUGUUUCUUUUGUUAUCUACACUAACAAAUAAUUAUUACAAUUCCUAUCUGUACUUACAUUUAUUAUUGUAAAUCUCACACGAUUUUCGUGCACGAAGUACCUAUGUAAUAAUUUAAAUAAAAUGAUAAUAAUGUUUAGUA